CAAACAUAAAUGUGGACACGCGCCCAACGCCCAUAUUUCACUCCCCUCACAACGGUCAACAACAGAGCAACCUUUCAGUCUUGUGUAUGGACACUGAACUCUCUCGUACACUUACGUAGCAUUCUGAGCUAAGCAAAGUCCUUAGCUCUGCUAGAGUACCAAUCAGCGUGUAGUCCAACAGUGGCCCAGCUGGGCUGCAUGACUCUCGGCCGAGAUGUUCUCCGCUAUGCGCCACUCUUCCCAGUGCCUUCUCCAGCGGUUCUCCGCGACACGUCGCGUAGACCAUCCUUCCUCGUUCGCGAAGUUCGCGACCAUCGAAAUGGCUUCGUACAGUGUCGCAAUUGCGCCGUUCAGCGUCGCAACAGCGCAUCGCUUGUCGCUCGCUGCCUAAAGGCACACACGCCGUCUUCCGCGGUGCCGCUUACUUCCGACGCUCCACGAUGCCCGCUCUUAGAAGGUCACUCUUCUCGGUACCGGCAGUUAGCUAAGCGGGGCAAGAGCUACAUGCGCGAUGGAGAAGGGCCGAGAGAACCAAGGCUGGCGAGGGCUGAAAGGAGAGAUGAAAGGAGAAAAGAAAGGAGAGAGGAAGGGAGAGAUGAAGGGAAAGGGAAGAACGGUGAAGGGGAGGGAACUGGAAAGGCGGAGAAGCAGCGGCGGGAGGGAGGAGGGGAGAGAAGGCGGCAUGGAGGCGGGGAGGGAAGGCGGGAAUAUCACUUGCUGUGUUUGAGCAACGGGCAUGGGGAGGACACGAUAGCCGUGAGCAUACUGAAGGAGAUGCAGGCCCUUGCCGCCCACCACCGUAUGACAAUACACAUGUCAGCACUGCCCCUGGUGGGCAUGGGCGGGGCAUACCACCGCCAUGGCAUCACCACCAUCGGCCCUGCCAAGACCAUGCCAAGUGGGGGGUUCAUCUACAUGGACGGCAGGCAGCUGGCCAAUGACGUGGCAGCUGGGCUCAUAGACCUCACCCUGCAGCAGUGGCAGGCCAUCCAGCAAUGGGUAUCAGACCACAGCAACGCACCAGCUGCCAUCCUGGCAGUUGGAGAUGUCUUCCCCCUCGCCCUCGCCUGGCUGGCCUCCAACCACUCCACAACCCUCCCACCUCCCCUCAACGGUUCUUCUAGAACUGGUGACCUGGCCAAAACCCCCCAAGGAGUGUCGCUCUCCGUGCCUGCUGCGCUGCCAUUUGCCUUCAUGGGGACGGCUAAGAGCGAGUUCUACAUCCGAGGGGACGACAACCAGCUGCUACCCUCACAGGCCAAGUCGUUUGUGGAGCGGUGGUGGCAUGCGGGGGGAGUGUACCACCCAUGGGAGAGGUGGCUCAUGGCUCGUCCCUGCUGCAGGCUUGCAGUGGUGCGGGACCGCCUCACGGCUCAAGUGCUGGCGGACCAUCUGCCCGCUGAGGACCCUUCCUCCGCACCCUCCAACUCCUCGUCCUUCUGCUCCUCCUCACCCUCGUUCUCAACAGCUGAGGCAGAUUUCAGCGAGCAGGGUCUCUUCAGAAGAGGCAAGGUGGCGUACCUGGGCAACCCCAUGAUGGACGACAUGGCUCCAUCGCACCGCCUCUCCUCCUUCCUCCGCUCUCAACUACCCUCCUGGCUGCGCCAACACACCAGCGCCAAUGAUGCAGCGAACCACACUGCGAAUGGCAGCCAAGACAGCGACCAUGAUACAUCCAGCAGUCAGAGCACCAAUGUAGUGCGUCCCCAAUGCAGCACCAGCGCCCACACCACCAAUGCAGCAGCGCAAGCAACGCCCCUGCAGAGUGCAGCCACCCAGUCCAGCCCAUUCCGCCAUGCGUUGGCCAUUUUCCCUGGAUCAAGAGUGCCUGAGGUCUUCUCCAACUGGGAACUUCUUACCGCCUCCAUCCCCCACCUUGUCUCCUCCCUGGCUUCUGGCUCUGGUGUCAACAGCGGCGACACCAACCCUAACACCAGCAUCAGUGCCGCCACGAGCACUAACACCACUAACAUUGCCAGCAGCACCAGCAUCGGUCCCCUGCCAGUCCUGUUCCUCUGCCCCAUCGUGCCCUCUCUCCCUCCCUCCCCUUUCUCCACUGCUCUGCUCGCCCAAGGCUGGCGGCCUCUGAGGCCUGGCCGGCCCAGCUGGGAAGGGGAGGGCGGGGAAGCCAAGGGGGGCAGGAGGAGGAGGAGUGGAUGGCGCUGGGUGAAGGGGGCUCGUUGCACGGGCUGGCGUUCUGCCUUCCGGGAGGGGAGGAGAAGAGAAGAGAUUGUGGGGAGGGGCGUGGCAGUCUUACUUCUGUAGAGAGCAGUGCCGGUGCAGAAAGCAGCGAUGGGAGCGUGGGGGGAGUGCGGGCGGUGCUGGUGAUGGUGAGAGGAGGGUUUGCUGACUGCGCUCAUGAGGCCCAUGCUGCCAUGGCCAUGGCAGGCACGGCCACAGAGCAGAUGGUGGGGCUGGGCAAGCCGGUGUUCAUCAUGCCAGGCGAUGGCCCGCAGUUCACUGCAGCCUUCGCAGAGGCGCAGACACGACUGCUGGGGAAAUCCGUUGCCCUAUGUGGAUCCCCAGAAGAAAUGGGGCCAGUUGCCGCAGCAACAAUAACAAAUUCAGCUGUGAUUCAGGAGACAGCAGCAGACGGCAGGAUAAGAAUGGGUGGGCCUGGUGGAGCGAGACGGAUUGCGACAGCUGUGAUGGACGCAAUGAUCGCCUUGCGAGUUUAAAUAUUGCAACAUGAUUCACAUGACAGGAACUGCCAUACCGUACCACCAUGUACUAGUGGCAAAUGGUUGUAUGUUCUCGGAUACGGUAGGUUUUCUUGGAGUGAAAUGGCAGCUAAAGACUGGUGUGCUUCAGACAGCUUGGCAUUUACUGUUAGACUGUUGAGAGAGUGAUGAGCUAAGGGAAAAUGUCGAGGGUUACUAGGGUAGGACUGUACCCUCUAAGAACUGACCUAACUAAGGCUAUAACAAAUAUAAACUAGCUAGCUUAGAUAAUUAUAUUUGUUGACACAC